AUGCCUCAGUCUUCUGCCUCCGACUUUGUUCAUUCGAUCGGCCGCCAUCUGAAACCCCACCGUGAUCGUGUCAGCUCCGAACCUCUGCAGAGAUCCGAGUCCUCCAGUGAUGCUGGAGAACCAGCUCGUGAUUUGCACGUACGCCAUGCAGCUAUAGACUCUGUAAUCUCCUUCCCAACCCCUGCAACACAUGAUGACGAGCAUGAAGCAAUUGCCAAAAACCUCGCCGAGGCACACGACAGAGUGGAAAGAGUAGCCUCUGACAUGGCAGAUAGCGCGAAGGAUACUAGCCUCGUAUUUCGUAUCCCAGCUUCCCUUCAGAAUGGUGCUUCGAAGCUGGGAGUCUACACGAACAUCGUUGAAGAGGUGGACCCUUCUGCAUUGAAUAGUAUCGAGAAUACUGUGGAGCAUUUUAUGGAAGGCAUCCCGAUGCUCAUGAGCGCUCUCGACGAGGUCGCGAAAGUGCACCCUUUUGUUGCAGUUGCGAUCCUUGCGUUCAAGGCGGCAUACGUGCUGGGCACGACACAUCGCGAGAAUGACAAGAAGAUCGUCGCGCUCUACGCGGAGAUGAAGGACAUGAUGGCGAUUCUAGUGCAGCUGAAGGAUAUGAAGGAUGGUGACAGCGAGCAAAGCGGUACGACUAUCAAAGACCGACUGCAGGGACUCGUCGAGCAGACCGUGGACGACAUCAAAGCAUGUGCGAAUGCCUGCGACACAUAUUCGCGCAAGAAGCUCAUCGUCAAAGUGUUGAAAGGUCCUCUGUGGAACAUGAAUCUGGUGCGCUUCGUUGGCGUCUUCACGGAACGGCGCUCGCAAUUUGCGUUUGCGCUUACCGUCCAUACCGGCUUAGGCAUGGACCAGGCAAAUAUCAGCCUGACCGAGAUCAACGCGAAAGUGGAAUUGAUGCUUGCAUUCUUCCAAUCACAUAUUUCCUCCGAAGAGCGAGAGCUAGGUCAUCGGGUCGCUCAAUGCGGCGGAGCCGAUCGUGUCGUGGAGAAUGACAACGACCUGAAGGCUUUGAGUGCCUACGAAGUAGUACUUAAGUCCAACGGCCAGCAAUGGUACGGAGACGGGACAUCAGACGUUCUUUCUCCUAGCUCUGUCCAGCCCUGGGACAAUUCGGGUGAAACUGACAUAGUUUUACUGAAGAACGAUCUUCGCGAAGAACCUGCCACUGCGAUAGAGCACAAUAUGACAAUCUUUGUAUCAAAGUUCGAGAUGCAGAAAAAUCAGAUCAUCGACGAGGUGUCCAGGACUAUGCAUCGAGAGGGAGACAGAAUCAUAUCUGAGGUCACGGCGGGUCCUCAUGACAAGAUCAAAGACCCCACAGUGUACACAAUCUGGAAAGACAUGGGCUGGCGGGGGAGCGUGAAGACACGACACUUUGUGCUUGCGCCCCACGAUUACUACCACGAAGUGAUGGAAGAAAGGAAGGACGAUCCUCAGUACGAAGAGGACCGCAAACGAUUGCGAGGGGAUGAGUGGGCUCUUGAAUGGAUCCAAGUUUCGAGGCUGCAGCUGGUUUCAGAGGCUUUCGACGAUGAUGCUUCAGGUUUCAUCACCAUCGCAGAGGCAAACAAGAUGACAACGUCUCGACCUCUUGAUUGGAGCUUGCUCCACUGGUUGGCUUACUGGGCAAUUGGAUGGCAAUUGUCAGGUAACUUUUACCGUGAGAAGAUCAGUCAACUCUUCUCGAGAAUAUACGAGCUCAGGUCCAAACGGGCCAUCCAUCCCGCAAAUCGUUGCCAGGUCGACAAUCUGCUGUCGUCUAUUUGGAGACCGACGGCGCUGCUCAUAUACGCAUUACAGCAGUACAAUACCAACCGUCCACUGAGAACCCGAUUCCAGAGCUAUGUCGACGCGGAGCAAACUAGGCUGCGGAGAAAUCUGGAGGCAGUUCGCUUCGAUAUCGACGGCCCAGAUACCCUCGUCCUCAUCACCGGACCUGGCAGGAUUGAGAAGUUUGUUUUCCCGCUGUUAUAUCUCCUUGUCGAGCGGUUCUACCAAGUGAUAAGGAUUUCCUGCCAAUGCGUGCUUCGACAGGAAGAUAUAUGGUAUGCUGCAAGGAGUAUCGACGUGGUGAUGAGGGCCGCGGCUCGCCGGCGCAAACAUCUUCAAGAAACAUUCCAUCAAAGGAAGUUGCCUGAUACGGCGGAGUUCAAACGUUUUGCAGCAGGACUGUUCAACUUGGAUGGCGGGAAAGAAGGUACUGCAAAUUGGACACCCACUCUCAGUGAUAACGAAAAGAGUGAGCCGGAACCCAUGAACAUGGCCAUUCUAAAAUUCCCAAUCGUCGAUGACCAUCCUUUCGCCUGCGAAGCUUAUGAGGUCUCGGACGAACAUGAGUCUGAAGAAGACCGAGUGGCUGAUGGACCGGUAAAGGCAAUCUUAGGGUACUGGUGUGGCUUCAUGUACGAGGCCGGGAUGUACCCUUCGUACUGCAUGAGAUCAUUUUUUAUCCAUGCGGCGAAACGCGAUUCUCAAGAAUUCUCGGCAGUAUCGAUCAUAGACGAGGGUACGGACUUCUGCAUCAAGGGGCAGUCCAGAGCAGGUGCCGAUGGAUGCGCUGAUGUUGUAUUCACAAUGAAAUACUCUGGACGCUGGUUCAGCAAAGUAUUCUCGGGUACUGUGGACAAUGAGGGGCAGACCUUGGCGGGGCGGUGGGCAGUUGUCGAGUCGGGGAUGGAAGAACAAGCUCUCACAGAAAAUUCCAAAUGGAGGGGGGAUCAUCCAAUGCCCUGGUCUUAUUAUUUCAUUUUCAAGCGGGUUGCUCCAGACAUCAUAUGUUAUCGCCCAUCCCCUGAAACGUUCAGGGAGAACAGGAUCCGAGGUUUGUGGCAAUUCGCGCGGAGCGCUGUUCUGGCUCAAGUUCGCAGAGAGAUGUUCUCGUGGUCACACUUCAAGCGUCGUCAACAUUUCCGCAAGAGGUUCAUAGAGUUAUCCAUUCACUACCACUACCGCAAGGCUUUUAACGCCAACCAACGAAAGGAGAUGGCGCAGUGUCUUCAGUCAUUCACACACUCCGAUGCAAGGUUUUACUGCUCCAUCCGGAAUUACCAACUGCGAGUCAUGCCAAUCCACUUCGGCGUGAAAUGUUGCAACAUCGACUGCCAGAAUGUCAUCGUGGGCGCUCGGAUCAUUUGUCUUGAUUGCAAAGGUCCCAAACUACCUAUGACAGUGGAUCUUUGUGCGGAGUCUCCCUGCGCUACUGCCCGUGUUGAGAGGAACGAUUUGGAUGCACCCCACCUACCCACGCACACAAUUCUUAAAACUAGAAUCGUCGUACUCGCAUCCGACUUCCCGGCAAUGAGUCGUCGUUGGAUGGCGACUGCAGAUAAGGCAAUUACGGCCUUUGACACUGUCAAGGAGACGGUGGGGUCUGCGAACACCAGAAAUGCAUACGGCAACGGAUGUCCGAGAACGUACCUCUGCCGCGAUUGUGGAGCAACGUUGACGGACCCCUCAACUUGUUGGUAUUGCACUGUCUGUCCGGAGAAUACUUUUAUUUGCAACAGCUGCGAGGGAAAACGAGACAUGGCUGAGAAGAACACAGUUGAACGAGGUCGGGUGGAGAACACCGAUGAUGGUGCAGGUUCGCACCAGUCCGACCAUCCUCUCAUAAAGACAUAUGGCCGCAAAGAGGAACCUGUCCCAGUAGAGGAGAGACUUGCUGCUAUCGAGCGCAGGUUCGUCACUAUGGAGCAAUGCUUCGAUGACAUGGGCCAGCGACAGCAGGAGAUAGACAAGGCGCUCGCCACGUUGAUCGCUCAAACAGAUAGUCGGAUGUCGAAGAUGGAGACACUUCUGGAAAAUGUAGUCACAAUGCUGACGAACCGCUGGCGUUCAGAAGAUGUGGGGAACGGUCACUUGUCUUUAUAA